AUGACAGGUAAUCAUAAGAGUGAAAAAUGGUUGGCGUACGAGACUCUCAAAGAGGAGAUACAAGAGAAGAUACGAAAGUUGGAAGAGGAGCGUCAUACUGUCGAGCUGUGGCCCAGUACUGAAUGGGGACGACGCCGGCGCAAGCGGCAAGUGACAGUUUCACCCCCCUACGUGGUGUAUAUGCUCCCCGACGCUGACAUCAUGGAGGACUGGAGGCUAGCACUUGGCCACAGGAGAGUCCUCUCGUUCGCUUGCCUUUUAGUAAGUCAUAGGUGCCAAAGCGCCAUAACUAAAUAAGUUAGUACUGCCAUUAUCAUAACUAUUCUCCAAGUAGUUAAACCAUUGCCUAAGGAUCAUUUAUUCAAAAUAAUCAGUGAUCAGUAUUUAAUAACGGGGAGUAAUUGACAUAUAAAACAUAAGAAUUCCGUCAAUAGUGGAACAUUGUAUAAUAUAGUGGGGGCAGGCUGUGAUGGCCGUUUUAACGUUUGUGUGUCCAUGAAGUUUCAUAUUCUAAAUUCGAAAUACGUACUAAUUUUUAAAGAAAUCAUUAUUGUAGAGACGUGCAUUUAGUCAUAAAAUUUAUCUUAUCGAUAAAUAAAAUUUAACAAAACUUUGUUAUAUA